AGAAUGCCCGUCAGAAAAACCAGAAGCGGCGAGCGUCGUCGGUGCGCCAAGGCGUGCAGGAGCUGCAAGCGGCGGAAAGAAAAGUGCGAUGGCGUCCGGCCCUGCGGACGGUGCAUACGCCGCGGCGUCGGCCACGAUUGCAGCUUCUCGCGGGGCCCGUCGUCGGCCCGGAACUCCCCCGUGAUGAGUGCCUUCCACGACUUCAACGAUCAGAACCACAGCCAGAACCAGAAUCGGUUCGGCCAAGACGCUCCGUUCAGACUCGCGCCCGCCCCGCCCGGUCAGCUAUCCAUCGACCUCCUGGACUACGCCACAUUGCCAAAGCCGCGGCCGUCGCGGCAGGGCCAACGCUGCUCCCGGACCGCCCCGGUCCCGCAACUGUCCCGGCUGAUCCAGGACGGUCGGGGCAAGUUCAUGUUCAUCGGCGACUCGGCCAACCUGUCCUUCCUCCAGUCCAUCCGUCGCCUUGUCCGCGAUUCCCUGGGACCGUGCGCGUUCGCCGAUGACCCACUGCGGCACCUCCUAGUGGAGGCGACCCCUGAAGGCCGGGGGAACUGGAUAAGCGAAAUCGUCAAGCGGCCGACCCCGAGGCCCGACCCGGAGCGCGCCAGAUAUCUUGUGCGGUGGUACAUGCGCGCGACAAGCUGUGUACUGAACCUGUCUGAUGAAUUUGAGAUCCAAGCGUCGCUCUCUCGGUGGCUGCAGAGCUCACAUGAUGGGCCUGAACAGGAUGCCAACAGUGCCAUCUUCUUCCUGAUAUUGGCUAUCGGUGCCCAGACCUGUCCCGAGCAUCUCGACGACCUUGCCGAGCAGUACUUCAAUUACGGGCAGUUCCUGACAGUGUCGGGCAUAAUGGAGGACCCAAGCAUCGCCACCAUACAGGCGUACGUUCUCAUCACCAUGUACCUCCUAGGGGCAUCGCGUCGGAACGCAGCAUUCAUGCAUCUGGGCAUCGCAGUGCGGGCAGCCUACGCCCUGGGCAUCCACCGCGACGACAUCAACGCGCUCUUCGACAGGCCCGAGUACGUCGUGCGGGAGCGGCUGUGGAACGUCCUGCGCGUGCUCGACCUCUUCAUGAGCGCGUCCCUCGGCCGGCCGCCGGCGACGUGCGAGACGCGGGACACCAAGGCCCACGCCAACUACUCCGCGUCGAACGACCUGUGCGCCAUCUUCGAGGCCGUGCUCACUCAGGUCUACUCGAAGCGCAUGGUCGUGCCGCAGGCGCUGGAGCGCAUCAGCGAACACCACCGCCAGUGGGCCGUGAAGUUCAUGUCCGGGCUCGCCGUCGACAACAUCCGGCCGAGCGAGUACAUCGACACCGACCAGGGUGAGCGGGAGCCCAACAUCGGCCUCUACCACCUCAAGGAGGCCUACUACUGGACGAUAAUGCUCCUCGCGCGCCCCUUCCUAAUCGAGAGCGUCUCCCGGCACGUCUCGCAGACCACCACCGCCGCCUCGGCAGGCACCUCCACGCCGCCAACCACCUCGUCCCCCUCGGACCACCUCCUCGCCUACGCCUGCGUCGACUCAGCAAUCCGCACCGUCGACCUCCUCCGCGGCCUCGUGACGUCGCGCUCCCCCGUGCCCAAGCGCCUCCCCUUCGUGGUCAACUCUCUCUUCGUCGCCGCCCUCGUCCUCGGCCUCGCCCAGUUCGCCGACAUGGACCGCGCCUUCCCGCUCGAGCGCGGCCUCGCGGGGGCGCGCGCCCUGCUCGCCGUCUUCGGCCGCCACGACGCCGUCGCCCGCAGGGCCCGCCACAUCGCCGACGACCUGCACGCCGCGUGCGGCGCGUACCGCGACGGCCGCGCGAGAAGGAAGAUGGAGCGCCAGAGCCUGCUUAUCGGCGGCUUGUUUGGGAGCGUGCAUGGCCGCGGCGCCGAGGCGUCGCCGUCGCUCUUUGGGGCGGGCACGCAGCCGUUCGUCGGGAUGGCUGACCACGAGAGCUUGCUGAUGCUGCCUGAUUUGGCUGGCAUGGCGGACAUGGCGGACAUGGCGCUGCCGCUGUCGCCGCAGACGCUCGUAUUUGACUCGUUUGAUGAUGACAUACCCCUGGCCUCGGCCGUGGACCCCAAUUUGCUCCAGGAGGAGGGCCAUGGCGUGCUUGGUGAGGGGUUUCGGAGUGGGUUCUUUGGGCUGGGUGGUGUUGACUGCUGAUGAUUCUGGGACUCCCCUGCUGGGGUUUACCCUGCCUGCUGUGCUUUUCUUUUAGGAUUUAACAUGAUCAUGUAGCGUGAGGUGACGUAGGAUGGCGUUUUCGUUCGUUUUGUACAAAUAGGAUUGACCUCUUGCAUCCAGGAAGGCAGAAGAGUACGGGAGAUCUUGCCUCUUCACUAGGCUUGGUGUUGAAGAGCUUACUGAUCUGCUCGAUCGCGGCGUUGACAUGGCAUGGUCUAUUGCCCUAAUAACUGUUGGUUUCAGUCAGAAAAUGUUGAGCAUGGAAAUAUAGUCGAGUAAACAGGGGGCCUAACCCAAUGGUAUUUCUAUGCUCCCCGG